UUCACCAGGAACACACCACUGUCAAACUAUUUACAUAUAUCAAGCUGCAAACUUAAUUUCUACACUAAUGUCAUACACUAAGUUUGUAACAGCUCUUGUUAGGGCGAAUUCGGACAGCAUCAAGAAAAUCCGCAUUUCACCGGGCAGAUUUCGCUCCACAGUCGCAUCCACUCAGCGUCAAGAAGUAGGAGACAAAGAGCAACAGAUUGAUGAGUGCGCAGUGGUGAAAGUCCCGGUUGAGCUCAUUAGUCAAACCAAAAAUGUCACAGAUAACCAUGUGGACAAAAUUACUAUUGACUUCGACAACACGGAAGAAGCAUACAAAAGCAAGGAUAACAUAGAACUGCUGAGAAGUCUCCUGGUCUUCAAGCUCUGCACGUUUGACUUCCUCGUUGACAAGAACAAGGAGUUGAUGGACUUAAGUAAGAAGGUGUUUGGCCAGCGGAUGUUUGAGAAGCUGAUGAAAAUGACUUUCUAUGGCCAGUUUGUGGCUGGAGAGGACCACAACUCCAUCAAACCUCUGAUUCAGAGGAACCAGGCCUUUGGUGUAGGGGCAGUACUGGACUACAGUGUGGAGGAGGACUUGACACAAGAGGAGGCUCAGAGUAAAGAAAUGGAUUCGUGUGUGUCUGAAGCUGAGAAAGAAAGUCCAGAUGCUGGUCGUCGUGAGAAGAAGUACAAGGCCUAUCGUCAGUUCGGGGACAGGCGUGGAGGUGUAAUCAGCGCUCGCACCUACUUCUAUGCAGAUGAAGCCAAGUGUGACAACCAAAUGGAGACUUUCAUAAACUGCAUUAAAGCUUCUGGGGGUUCCUCUGUAGAUGGAUUUUCUGCCAUUAAAAUGACUGCCCUGGGCCGCCCCCACUUCCUUCUCCAGUUCUCAGAAGUGCUGGUGAAAUGGAGGCAGUUCUUUAACCUCCUAGCCGCUCAACAGGGAAAAUCUGGAAUGGCAGCUUUGGAACAAAAAUUGGAGCUGGAACAACUUAAGGAAAGUUUGACUAAGCUGGGUGUUGGUGCCAAGGAUGACAUUGAUAACUGGUUUACUGGAGAGAAACUGGGUUCAUCAGGGACAAUAGAUCUGCUCGACUGGAAUAGCUUAAUAAAUGAUACAACAAAAAUUUCCAAUCUGCUCAUGGUCCCAAACCUACAGACUGGCCAGCUGGAGCCUCUCUUGAUAAAGUUUACAGCUGAGGAGGAGAGGCAGAUGAAGAGAAUGCUGCAGAGAGUAGAUGUUCUGGCCAAGCAUGCCAUGGAGAACGGGGUGAGGCUCAUGGUGGAUGCCGAGCAGACGUACUUCCAGCCAGCAAUUAGUAGACUCACCUUGGAAAUGCAAAGAAAAUUCAACAGGGAAAAGCCCAUCAUUUUCAAUACCUACCAGUGUUACCUCAAGGAAGCCUAUGACAAUAUAACCGUAGACGUUGAGCUGUCACGGAGAGAGGGCUGGUACUUUGGUGCCAAGCUGGUGCGUGGAGCCUACAUGUACCAAGAGAGGGACCGGGCCAAGGAGAUUGGCUAUGAAGACCCCAUUAACCCAGACUAUGAGGCCACUAACAGGAUGUAUCACAAGUGUUUGGAGUAUGUUCUGGAGGAGAUUGAGCACAGCAGAAAGGCCAAUAUCAUGGUUGCGACCCACAACGAAGACACAGUGAAAUAUACCCUGGAAAAAAUGAAUGAAAUGAGCCUCUCACCCACUGAGAAUAAAGUUUACUUUGGACAGCUGCUGGGAAUGUGUGACCAGAUCAGCUUCCCGCUAGGUCAAGCAGGAUUCCCGGUCUAUAAGUACGUUCCAUACGGCCCGGUGAACGAGGUCAUUCCCUACCUGUCUCGCCGUGCGCAGGAAAACCGCGGCUUCAUGAAGGGAUCGCAGAGAGAGCGCAGCCUGCUGUGGAAGGAGCUGAAACGCAGGCUGCUCAGUGGUCAGAUCUUUUACGCCCCUGUCUACUGAGUCCCAACCAGGACCACACACUGUCUGCUGUAUCUCUGUAAGCAUUCCACUGUCUCCAACUUAUCAGUGCCCUUAGUAUGGCAGGGUCAGUGCCCUUAGUACAGCAGUUUAUACUGAUAAAAAAAAAAAAUCCUAAAAUACAAAAAAAGAAGAGUCUCAUGUAUGUAUUAUUACCUUAAAUGGCUUAUUUGUAGAAAAAAGGCUGUUAUCAAGUUUCUCAUGCAUUCAAUGCACACUGUAUGUUUCUUUUUUUUAUUUUUGUUGAAUUUAUCAAAAGUACCUUCAAGCUCUCAAAGUGCCUUUUUUGCAAGACUGGAAGUGGAAGCGAUGACCGCAAGCUUGGUGGCGUUUCUGUUACACUCCUAAAAUGUGAUUGUGGAGUAUUUUAGCAUGUUGAUCAAAGAUUUUAUGCGUCUAUGUCUUAAUUACUGAUUGAUUAUUAAUGAUUAUGCCGCUCCGUCUUGUUAGCUGUGUAAAGAUGUUUUAGUUUUUUGUUGUUGAAUUCACUGUUUGUAUGGACCUUCAUACAAACCUCAAGUCUUCGGUGUUUGUCCGGCAAAGAUGGACGUGCAACAGUACAAACCAAAAGGUGCCCAGUGUGAUCUAAUAUGAGCCCAAAUUUCUGAUCUGCUCAAGAAUCCUUGAGCAAGGCACUGAGACUCUUACCAUCAGCAAUGCUUCUCUGACUAAUUUAACAGACACCCACAAAGGCAAACAGGUGUGUGCAGGCUUGUUGUCUGCUAUUUGGAAGAGAUUAAUAUGCACUGGGUUACCUAAAAAAGUAAGCUCAUAGAAUCUAUUAGCACUAUGUCUGCUGUUGAAUGUCUGUGAUUAAGUGGACAAGAAAGUCUAUCUUUUAUUAACUGUAACCAAGUACUGAUCCUCUGUUUUAUAGCCUUGGCACUGUUUCCUUCAAUUCUGUGAAGGAAAUGGCAGCAUUGUUAAAGCACAAGUAUUGUUUGUAUUUUCUUUCUAAUAAAAAAUAAAGUUUUUCACAUGUAAGUGAACUGAAGGGCAAGCACACAAAGUUACAAGUAUUCUCACUGAAUUUUGUCAAUGCACAAAAAGCAUUUCUGUUCUCCAUUAAACAAACAUUAUCACAUCUA